AUGGCCACGGAAUUGUUGGAUUUCGACAACGCGCUUGGAAGCAUGAACCACGAGAAGGCGUUCCUGGACCUCCUCGCGAGCUCGACCGAGCCGGUCGGUGACGACGUCGUGCGCAAGAGCUUCGGCGACCAAUACGCCAAGCUGCCGGUGUGCAUCAACCGGCUCAUGGGCGAGAGUCGCAUCAAGAUCUUGAUGCAAGGCAGCAACGUGCUGUACCAGCUCGUGACCAAGGAAGAGUCGGAGCGCAUGCAAGGCCUCUCGGGCGAACACCGCGCCGUCCUCCACGAGAUUGAAAAGUCGGGCAACAAGGGCGUCUGGACGCGCGAUAUCAAGAUGCAGACCAAUCUGCCCGAGAUGACGAUCCGCAAGAUCAUUCGCACGCUCGAGUCGCGCCAUCUCGUCAAGGCCGUCAAGUCGAUCAGCCAAAAGAACAAGAAACUCUACAUGCUCUACGACCUCGUGCCAUCGCGGGACAUCACGGGCGGCCCGUGGUACAACGAGCAAGAGUUUGACCACGACUUUAUCGAUACGCUGAGCAACUUUGUGUGCCAAUUCAUCCGCGCCAAGGGCGUCGUGACGCUGCAGCAAAUCACCGACAAGGUCCACGAGUCGGGGAUCGCCAAGGUGUCGCUGGGCCCAGACGAGAUGAUGUCAAUUGUCAACACGCUCAUUUACGACGAACGCAUCGAGGAAGUCCGGACGGCGCGGCUUGCCAACGGCGAGAUGCGCGAUGUCUCGUACAAGAUCUGCCGCGACGUGAGCGUGUUUGACGGGCUUUCGGAGGCGCCGUGCGGCGUCUGCCCCGUCUUUGAGCAGUGCGCCGAUGGCAACAUUGUCUCGCCGGCCACGUGCGUGUACCUCACCAAGUGGAUGAACGUCGCCGACGACCUUUUCUAA